CACAACCAGUAACGCAUGCUAUUGUGAGAGGUUAGUGGACUGACGCAUUCAAAAAUGUUGAAAGGAGUCUGUGUGAGUGUCUUUGAUGCGCCACAAGUUCACAAUGCCGUGAAGGAGCAACAAAAAUAUUACAAGACAGCAAUAAACAUAGAGGACUUGGAGUCAAAGCUUUUGGAGAUGCCAGAGAGGACACAUAUUGAUGCCCUUCUAGACAUUAGUGAGCAGAGCUUCAUGAGAGAUCUGGAGCCACACAAGUGGCAUUGUUACCCCGGUUGGGAACAUGCUGUCCACGGUUGGGACAGAGUCUCUCCUUUGUGCUGCAUAAUGAUGAGUCAGAAGGACAUGGCAAAGCCCAAGGAGGCUGAAAGCCUGACCACUUCGGGUUUCAACCGAACGCCCUGUAGAGUAGGCAGCACAGCCAGCCUGAUGGAGCAGCACUGCAAGCCAAAUCCAGGCCAGCCUAACGUAAAGGACGCUGCAUCACUGAGCCAUCAACUGGGACCUCAAGAUCAAGCAACAUCACCUUGCCACAGUGCCACUCAGAAAUCCGUACCAGGUUCCUCAGAGAAGAAAUGGGUGGCACGAGAGACAAGUCCAGUGCUUCGCCAAACCUCACAAUCUUCUCCUUUAGUGUACAGAGCCUUGAAAGUUCAGAAGCCCAGUGUUAGGCAUGACGUUACAAUGGUCCCCAUCAAAACCUUCAAAUUUUUACCUCCUAUCAAUUCACUCCAGAAGGACAACAAAGGCAGGAAGACGGCAGAUGUAAAAAGCCCUUACAGGCUUAAGAAGGGGAUCAAAGCAACUCGGACAGGACUGGAUGCUACGGCUAAGUUAGAGCGUCCCAUUUCCUCCCCAGCUGCUACCGACAGCAAUCAGCAAUGCCAGCAAUGCCAGCAAAGCCCCAAUUUGUUCCCUAAGGGUUGUGUUUCUGUUCCGAGCAGGAAGAAAUCAUCCAUAUGUCCCAAAAUGGACACAUUGCAUCCCACAGCGUACUCUCUGGGGAACAACAUGCCAAGAGGCUUGAUCCCACCCCUGGUGCCCGCCAAGAGUCUGCUCAUCUAAGAAUCAGAACUUUGUGUGUUACAUGAGGCUUUUGAAACAAAUGUCUCAUCUCUCAAUUCAAUCAAAUAAAUGCAUGGAAAGUUUAA